GUGUAGCCAUGCCCAUCUCAGAUCGGUCUUAACAACGACCUACUUACAGCGACCAGCGAACGUACAACCAGGGGACUUCAACUCCGUCCGCCCCGCUCCAUUAGACCCCCAAACUACUUCUUCCAACGUCCUGGCCUCUGUUCUUUAACCUAACCUUCACCUGUUCCCUUCCCAUAUCACUCCCCUCUUAUCUACUGUUUCUUACUCUCCUUCCCAUUAGUUAUUCCCGCCUUUCCUCUCUUGCAACUAUUCCCUAGCCCAUAGGCGAAGUUCACACAAUGGAUUCCGCAGCAAGUUCCAUGGAGCUCAAGGAUAACACGGUCAUCGUGGUCCUCGGUGCUUCGGGAGAUCUUGCGAAGAAGAAGACGUUUCCUGCCCUCUUUGGUCUUUACCGCAAUCAAUUCCUGCCAAAAGAUGUCAAGAUCGUCGGAUAUGCGCGAACGAAGAUGGACCACGAGGAAUACCUCAAGAGGGUCAAGUCAUACAUCAAGACUCCUACCAAGGAUCUAGAAAAGCAGCUAGCAGAGUUCUGCGCACACUGCAGCUACGUAUCUGGUCAAUAUGACCAGGACGACUCUUUCUUGAACCUCAAUUCGCAUCUAGAGAAGCUCGAAGACGGCCGAAAAGAAACGCAUCGUCUAUUCUACAUGGCUCUUCCCCCGAGCGUCUUCACUAUCGUCUCCCAGCACUUGAAGAGAUGUUGCUACCCGACGAGGGGCAUUGCGCGAGUUAUUGUUGAGAAGCCUUUUGGAAAGGACCUUGCCAGCUCUCGCGAGUUGCAGAGGUCUUUGGAACCCGACUGGAAAGAGGAUGAACUCUUCCGUAUCGACCACUACCUCGGCAAGGAGAUGGUGAAGAAUAUUCUUAUUCUUCGGUUUGGUAACGAGUUCUUUGGCGCCACCUGGAACCGACACCACAUCGACAACGUUCAAAUCACUUUCAAGGAGCCUUUCGGUACCGAGGGUCGUGGUGGAUAUUUCGACGAGUUUGGUAUUAUCCGAGACGUUAUGCAAAACCAUUUGCUUCAGGUUUUGACUUUAUUGGCUAUGGAACGACCUAUCUCUUUCUCAGCCGAAGACAUUCGUGACGAGAAGGUUCGUGUGCUUCGAGGUAUUCCUGCUAUCGAGCCGAAGAAUGUUAUUAUCGGCCAGUACGGAAAGUCCUUGGACGGCAGCAAGCCUUCCUACAAAGAAGACGACACCGUCCCCAAGGAAUCGCGUUGCCCAACAUUCUGCGCUCUAGUUGCUUACAUCAAGAACGAGCGGUGGGACGGCGUACCGUUCAUCAUGAAGGCUGGAAAGGCUUUGAAUGAGCAGAAGACUGAGAUCCGAAUUCAGUUCAAGGACGUUACUAGUGGUAUCUUCAAGGACAUCCCCCGGAACGAAUUGGUUAUGCGUAUCCAACCCAACGAGAGUGUUUACAUUAAGAUGAACUCUAAGCUCCCCGGAUUGAGCAUGCAGACAGUCGUGACGGAACUCGACUUGACUUACAGGCGACGAUUCUCCGACCUUAAGAUCCCUGAGGCGUACGAAUCGCUGAUCCUAGAUGCCCUCAAGGGCGACCACUCCAACUUUGUCCGAGACGAUGAACUCGAUGCUAGCUGGAGGAUCUUCACACCGCUAUUACACUACCUUGAUGACAACAAGGAAAUUAUCCCGAUGGAGUACCCCUAUGGAUCUCGAGGACCAGCUGUCCUGGAUGACUUCACAUCCUCCUACGGGUACAAGUUUAGCGACGCGACGGGUUACCAGUGGCCGAUGACAUCGGCCGCGCCCCCUAACAAGUUGUAAGUAGAUAUCAGCAUAGUGAUUUAGCGACAGGUAUUAGGAGGCCUUGGAGUAGAUUUACAUUAGGAUAGUCACUGAUAUCCUCCCUUAUUAGCUGAUUUUGGUAUUGGACCGACGAUAUCCGUCGACAUGCGUGAUCUUACUUCUUAGACUACCGGCAAGGGGCAUGUCAGAAUGCCGAGCUCGGCACAUGGAACGAAAAUAAGGUCUCUUUUUUUAGUCUUCAUUGCUGGGAACCAUGGAUCGGGGGAGGCGCCGGAUUUUUGAUGAACUUUGCUGCCUAUAUCAUGAUAGAAAAGCAAUGAUAUAUUCCUUACGAGUUA